GCCUCCUCUUCUUCGAGGCUCAACGGAGUGGUAAGCUACCGGCAGAUAACAGGAUCCCCUGGCGUGGUGACUCCUGCAUGUCUGACGGCUCGGAUGUGGGCCUCGAUCUGUCAAGAGCCUACUUUGAUUCGGGCGACCACGUGGUCUUUGGCCUACCACUGUCUUUCACGUUAAGCAUGAUGGCCUUUGGCUUGGUCGAGUAUGGGGACCUUUAUUGGACCGAGCAGGACCGGGCAGUUGCGGCCCUCAAGUGGGGCACAGAUUGGCUUCUGAGAGCACACCCCUCCGAGAACGAGCUCUACGUUCAGGUUGGUGAUGGGGAGAAAGAUCAUGCUUGCUGGAUGAGACCCGAGGACCUCGACAUGCAGAGGCCGAGCUUCAAGGUAGAUUCGAGCAAGCCAGGCUCUAAAGUGGCGGCAGAGGCAGCAGCUGCGCUUGCUGCAGCAUCGAUCGUGUUCAGGGAGCGGGAUUCUGCUUACCAUGAUGUCCUCAUCUUUCAUGCGACCCAGCUCUUUCAUUUUGCCGAUCAAUACCGGGGGAGUUAUAGCGACUCUGUCCCGGCUGCAGCAGCAUUUUACAAAUCGUACUCGGGGUAUGGUGAUGAGCUGCUGUGGGCUGCUGCGUGGCUUCACAGGGCCACGUCGGACCCAACCUAUAUUGCCUACAUGACCGGGCCCAAUUCGAACGACGGCCCCUUGAAUUGGAAGGGAACGGCGUCCGAGAUCUCUUGGGACGACAAGAGGGCGGCCGCGCAGCUCUUAGCGGCUCGGCUCGUCCUCCUCGGUCAGCAGCCUUCAGGGACGGCUCUAGAUCAUUACAAGAAGGCCCUCGACGGCUUUGUGUGCUCGUACGUGACAGGGAAUACACCAAAGACUGCUGCGAGGCUGCCAUGGAUCCGGGAGUGGCUGCCAUUACAGUACGUGACGACCAGCGCCUUCGUCAUAGCGGUUUACGGUGAUGUUUUGCAGCAAGCAAAUGCGUCACUGACGUGCUCGGGCAGCACGUACACGAGCGACAUGCUGUUGGCGUACAGCAAGAAGCAGGCGGACUACAUUCUUGGCGCGAAUCCGCGGGGCAUGUCAUAUAUGGUCGGCUUGGGGGAGUCAUUCCCUCAAAGGGUGCACCAUCGUGCAGCAUCAAUACCCAGCGACGGGGUUCACUACAAGUGCGGCGAAGGCUUCAAGUUCUUCCAGGCGUCGAAUCCCAACCCACACGUGCUGGAGGGCGCGAUCGUGGGCGGCCCCGACCAGGCCGACAACUUUCAAGACGCGAGGACAAACUUUAAGCAGUCUGAGGCUAGCACAUACACUAAUGCUCCAUUCUUGGGGCUUGUGGCCCGUCUGAGCAGCUCGAGAGCUCUGCCUUUGGCAACUCCAGUGCCUACUUCAGCGGGGCAACCGGCCCCGGCAGCUACUCCAGCUGCCACAACCCCUGAUGUGGCACCGGGACCUGUCGCUUGUGAUUGUGACUGUGAGGGAUUUUAG